AGUCCUUCUUCUGCAAGAGUUUUCCCAACAGUUUGACCUAAUAUGGGUGCAGAUACCUUUAUGUAUCCCGCCGGUUAAAGUUUUCCAACGAUCUAAACCCAGUAAGGGUCAAUCUAGUCAGUCAAAGCCUUUUUUUCAUCAGCAGUUAGACCCGAUAUGGUAUGCAGUCGUGCAUCCUGUCGGUAGGGAGUUUCUUUCAGACCUACAAUCUGAUAAUUGUGUCUUCCUAUCACAUACAUUGUAG